GGAUCCUUUCUGUGUUAAAUUCUUUAAAUUGUACAUGUACAAAUACAGUACGUAGAAAAGUCAGUAUUCCACCACCCUCUUCCCAUAUAUAAUUCCUUGUUCUCUCUACUUGAUUCACCGCUCAUUGCAAUUCACGACUUAUUUAUCUCUCUCUGACAAACAUGGUACAAUCCAAAAAGUUCAGAGGCGUCAGGCAACGUCACUGGGGUUCUUGGGUCUCCGAGAUUCGUCACCCUUUAUUGAAGAGGAGGGUGUGGUUAGGGACGUUUGAGACGGCGGAGGAGGCUGCGAAAGCCUACGACGAGGCGGCGAUUUUGAUGAGUGGCCGGAAUGCCAAAACAAAUUUCCCUCUUGUGGCUAGCCAGGAUGCAAACGAUAAUAUUUCUUCAUCAUCAUCAUCGACAACUUCAUCUGCAAAUUCACUCUCCACAAUUCUUAGUGCAAAAUUGCGAAAAUGUUGUAAAUCACCAUCUCCUUCUCUCACUUGUUUAAGGUUGGACACUGAGAAUUCCCACAUUGGAGUAUGGCAAAAGCAGGCCGGGGCGCGGUCGGAUUCGAAUUGGGUGAUGACUGUUGAGCUUGACAAGAAAAAAGAUCAGCCACCAUCGCAACUGGCCGAGGUGGCGUUGGCGCCGGAGGAUUCCACGCCGAUGGAGAUCAAAACUCGAGAUGGCAUAGAUGAAGAAGAAAGAAUUGCAUUGCAAAUGAUUGAAGAACUUCUUAACAGGAAUUGAAAAGUUGCUACAUCAUUUUCCAAAGAGUUGGAUUGGAUUUCGUAGGCGCGAGGGUACGUACCUCUUUGUCGGGAUAGACGGGCUUAACUACUGGAAAUGACUCAUUCCAUUUAGAUCAGGAAACCAAGGAAGCUUAACUUUGCACGUCAAUUAACUAAUGAAAACAUUAUGAUAACUUCACUACAUAGAACCUGAGGAGAGUAAAGUCACUGAUACUUCUGCAAAAUGAAGAUCCAUUGUCAGCAAAUAAGGGACUGUUCUCUUCGUAUUUCAAUUUUGUAAUUUUGAGUUUUAAAUUCA